AUGCACAUUGCUUUGAGGAUACUCAACUUGACCACAAGUUCAUCCGGAUGUGAAAGAAAUUGGAGUGUUUUUGAACAAGUGGAUGCAAAGAGGAGAAAUAAACUAGACGUGCAUCGUAGGGACGAUCUAGUUUAUAUUCAAUUCAAUGGAAGAAUGAUAGAUAAGAGGAAGAAGUACUCCUCAUCUUGUGAUGUUCUUCUUGGUGAAGAUGCUUCCAUGGCACAAGAUUGGAUAUGUGAAGGUGCUUACGUUGAUGCUGCGGAGGAGGUUGAUGCGGAGGAGGUUGAUGCAAUGGGAGCUUCCGAGUUUGUUGAGCUACGUAGAAGUGCAAGAGUGAGAGAACUUCAUGAAGUGGAAGAAUUUGUUUCCGAUGGGGAAGAAUCUGAUCACGAGCUUGUCAAUGAGGAUGACAUAGACUUUGAGUCCGAUGAUGAUGGGGUGAUACAAGGUGCCAAUGAAGAUGAGGAGGGAGACCCGAUGGAGCCUUAA